AUCAAUGGAAAACAUAAAAAUAUAUAUUUAAAAAUAUUAUUAAUUAUUAAUAAGUUAUUAAACAUGGCAGAGAAUUCUAACAAUCAAUAUGAUAUCAAUGGACAAUAUUUUAAUCCAGAUAGUUACUUACACAAGUUAUUAAAAGAGUAUACAUUAAAACAGAUUAUGGAUCAUGAGGCUGAAAUUAAAAGGGAUACACAAACUUUGCAUUCAGACAUGCAAACAUUAGUAUAUGAAAAUUAUAAUAAAUUUAUAUCAGCAACAGAUACUAUUAGAAAGAUGAAAACUGAUUUUAAAGGAAUGGAAGAUAGUAUGGAUUUACUUGCAAAGAACAUGGAUAGUAUAACAUCAUUUUCAGAACAAAUUUCUUCAACCUUACAAGGGACUAGACAACAAAUUGCUAGACUAUCCUCCGUUCAUACUCUUUUAAAGAAAUUACAAUUUCUAUUUAAAUUACCGGGCAAUCUAAAAGAAAAAAUGAACGAAGAAAAUUAUACUCAAGCAGUACAAGAUUAUAUAAAUGCACAACGUGUACUUGAUCAAUAUGGUAACAUGCCUUCCUUCCAAGGAAUUCAAAAGGAUUGCGAGGAAAUUUUAGAAGAACUUAAAUCUAAAUUAAGAAUGCAAUUUCAUAAGAGAGAUGUGCCAACUAAAGCUUUGGCAGAAAACGUAGAUCUUCUGUUGCAAUUAAAAGAACCAGCUGAUUCAUUGUGCGAUGAAUUUUUAACUCAUGCGGAAGGGAGAUUGACAGAACAAUUAGAUAUACUAAAGGAUAUGUGUGAAAAUGAUAUGAUAGAAUUUAUAGAUAAGGGUAGUUCUGGAUUUUUAAGCGAUUUAUGCCUUAUAGUUAUAUCUUAUAAUAAUAUGUUUAUAAAUAGAGUGUCCUUAGAGGAUAAUCAUUUGUCUGAUGAUUUUGAUACAAUAGCUCUUAACCGUUUAAAUAAUUUUAUUACAAGAAAUAUGGAAAAGUAUUUUGAUCUUGUCAAAAAAAAAGUGGAAAACGUAGCUGAUACUGCAAUAUUAGUAAGAGCUCUUGAUAGAUUUUAUAGAAAAUUACAGAUCUUAAAUAUGCCAUGUCAGGAAACAGAUUUCGCUGGAGCAAGCAUUGAUAUAGUUUUAAAUGCUGGAAGAAAACAAUGUCGUAAUCAUUUACAUUCCUUGAAGCAACAUUUGAGCGAAGCAUUAGCCAAAGUCAGACAAACAUUAGCUGUCAAAGUUAGAAAAGAGAAACCAAGUCAAGAAGGGGAUAGUGGAUUAGCAGAACUUCAGGCACUUUUAAUUAUGCCUAUUAUUGAAAAAGUCAAAGGAGUAUUACAAGAUUUAUUGGUAUUUUUACAGCCAGAUUUAUCAUUUAGUUUAAAGACACAAUUUUUACAUAACUUCUGUGUAGAUGAAGUUAGAGAAGGAUUAAUUGUUGGAUUUUUGCAUCAUCUAACAGCAAUUGCCAGUGGAUUUUGUACAGGCUCAGAUGUUCCAAAGUUUCCACCUACUCUUUUUUUAUUACUUAGCAAAAUGUGUAUUGAAUAUAAAGAGAACAAUGUACGGUACCUGCUGAAAACAACGGAUAAUCUUUUUAAUAUCGAACAAUAUGGAUCAUCCGAUAACAUCAUUACACCAGAAUCGGAGAUAUGUAAAAAUUUUCAAAUGGCAGCCCAAAAUUUAUUAAAUCAUUAUGUUCGUAUUCAAGGCUUAGCUGUCUCACAGUUAAUAAGAAAAUCUGUCGAGACGCGAGAUUGGUUACAUACAAUGGAACCAAGAUCAGUCAGAAUCGUCAUGAAAAGGGUCGUUGAAGACAUAACGGCAAUUGAUUCUCAAGUUGCCGCAUUGUACGAUGAUAUAGACGGACAAGUUGACAGAAGUAGCGAUAGUAGUAGAAAAACGCAUAGCGUGAGUACGUCAAGGCAUCAUUAUAGAUCUAAUUGGUCCUCGUACACACCGAAUCGUUUGGAUUCUUCUUUAGCGCCGAAUAUUCAUAAAUUAUUUUCCGAACGUAUCGAAAUAUUUUCAUCGGUUCAAUUUAACAAAGCUUCUAUCUUAACGGGAAUCAUCAAGAUCAGUUUAAAGACAUUUUUGGAAUGUGUCAGAUUACGAACACUUAGUACAAAUGGCUUACAACAGAUACAAGUCGACACACAUUAUCUCCAACUCUAUCUUUGGAAAUUUGUUUCGGAUGAGAACGUCGUUCAUUUCCUUUUAGACGAAAUCCUUGGUAGCGCAGUUCAUAGAUGUUUAAAUCCGAUUCUAAUGGUACCAACUUUAGUGGACAUCAUAUGCGAAAAAGCAUAAUUAUCUCAUUUGUAAAAUAUAAUUGCCUUUCAUCCUAUAGAAGUUUACAAUUUGUAUAUAAUUAUUUAUAAAGGUAUAAGAAAAUAUUCUUAAUAGAUGAAAAAAUGAUGUAAUAAUAAAAUUUAUCUAUAUACAAAAAUAAACAUUAGAAAGAAUUUUGUUUAUAUCAUCGAUCGUUUCGCUUCGCUAGGAAUGCGUCAAGAAGAUAAUAUCGAAAAUAUUUACAGCAUAUAGCGAUUAAAAUUAUCAUUAUUUACAUACUGACUCAUUAUUUUAGACUAAGAAUAAUACUUUGAAAAAUAAUU